AUGCUUUCAACCUGUGCGGUUGUCGCUUCGCUUCUUUCCGCCGCCUCUGCUCACCAGAACCUCCAUCAAUUCUGGGUCAAUGAUGUUUCUCCAGGGUACGAAGUGGCUAUCCGCAGGCCACCUUCAAACAACCCUGUGACUGAUGUCACUUCUGAAGAUAUUGUAUGCAAUGUUGGCGGCAAUAUCGUUCCUUCAAACGUCGUGACCGCCCCCGCCAACGAGGGAGAUUCUAUUAAAGUCCAAUGGGACUCAUCCACUCACCCUGGCCCCAUCACCCACAUGCUCUUCGGCCCUGUCGAUGAUGCGUCUCAAGCGACUGGUGUAGGCUCUUGGUUCAAGAUCGAUGAGUUCGCUUCUACCGAAAAUGGCACCUGGGCCAACGUGAUCAUGGCCGCCCAAGACAUGACUUACACUUUCAACCUCCCCACUGGGCUUGCCAGCGGAGAGUACCUGCUCAGAUCCGAGAUGUUAGCCCUGCACGGAGCGGCUGAUCUUGGCGGUGCUCAAUUCUAUAUUGGAUGCGCCCAACUCAAGAUUACCGGAACGGGCUCAGCGGGCUCAUGUGGUCCUUCCAUUGAGCUCCCCGGCGCUUACAAGGCCGAUGAUCCCAACAUCUAUAUCCCCGACGUCUACUUCGGACUCGAUGUCGCUACCUAUAAGGCCCCGGGUGGACCUGUAGCCAAGUGCGGUGGCUCUGGAACGUCUCCAUCGGGAACUGGGGAUGCAGAUCCGAACCCCCGACCAGCUGGACGAAAGACUGCCCCAGCCGGCUCUGAGAAAACCCCCGAUCCCGACAAGCCGACUCCCGAAGUCGGGAAACUUACCGGCCUCGAUGAAACUCCCGCGAACCCCGACCUCGUGACAUCUCCCGAAAACGAGAACAAGCCCACGGUCCCGAAGCCAGACACCACUUUCAAGACGAGCACCAGGAAUGUAAGACCUACGCCAGCUCCAGGAGGUAAUUCGGGGGGUGGUGGCGGCGGCGGCGGCGGUGGUGGUGGUAGUACCGGUGGUGGUACCGGUAGUACCGGUGGUGGCAGUACCGGUGGUGGUAGUACCGGUGGUGGUGGUGGCGGCAAUGGUGGUAACGGUGGUGGUGGCGGCGGCAAUGGUGGUACCGGUGGUAGUACCGGUGGUGGUGGCGACGGCGCUAGCGUCGCGCUCUACGGCCAAUGUGGAGGACAAGGAUUCACGGGCGGAACCAAGUGUGCCACCGGCAAUUGCGUCAAGGUCAACGACUACUACAGUCAGUGCAUUAUGUAG